GGGCGAAUCCCGGCAGCGCAUGCUCGCAUGCCAGCCUCUGCUGCCGCCGCCCCCGCCCACUCGAGGAUAGAGAGCGAUCUGCGGGCAACAACUUAGCGGAGACGGGCCCGGCUGGGCUAGGGUACGGCCAUGGCCCCGUGGCUGCAGCUCUGCUCCUUCUUCUUCACUGUCAACGCCUGUCUCAACGGUUCGCAGCUGGCAGUGGCCGCGGGCGGCUCGGGCCGCGCGAGGGGCGCCGACACCUGUGGCUGGAGGGGAGUGGGGCCGGCCAGCAGAAACAGCGGGCUGCACAACAUCACCUUCAGAUAUGACAACUGUACCACCUACUUGAAUCCCGUCGGGAAACACGUGAUCGCUGAUGCCCAGAACAUCACCAUCAGCCAGUAUGCUUGCCAUGACCAAGUGGCAGUCACCAUUCUUUGGUCCCCAGGGGUCCUUGGCAUUGAAUUCCUAAAAGGAUUCCGAGUAAUCCUGGAGGAGCUGAAAUCCGAGGGGAGACAGUGCCAACAACUGAUUCUAAAGGACCCCAAACAGCUCAACAGCAGCUUCAAAAGGACUGGAAUGGAAUCUCAGCCUUUCCUGAACAUGAAAUUUGAAACGGAUUACUUUGUAAAGAUUGUCCCUUUCCCUUCCAUUAAAAAUGAAAGCAAUUACCAUCCCUUCUUCUUUCGAACACGGGCCUGUGAUCUGUUGUUACAACCUGACAACUUGGCCUGUAAGCCCUUCUGGAAGCCUCGAAACCUGAAUAUCACCCAGCACGGUUUCGACAUGCAAGUGUCCUUCGACCAUGCACCGCAGAACUUCGGCUUCCGUGCCUUCCAUGUUCACUAUAAGCUCAAGCACGAAGGCCCCUUCAGGCGGAGGACUUGCAGGCAGGACCAGAAUACAGAGACAACCAGCUGCCUCCUCCAAAAUGUUUCUCCAGGGGAUUAUAUCAUUGAGCUGGUGGACGACAGCAACACCACCAGGAAAGCUGCACAGUACGUGGUGAAGCCAGUGCAGUCUCCCUGGGCUGGACCCAUCAGAGCUGUGGCCAUCACUGUGCCUCUGGUUGUCAUAUCUGCGUUCGCAACCCUCUUCACUGUGAUGUGCAGAAAGAAGCAGCAAGAAAAUAUAUAUUCACAUUUAGAUGAAGAAAGCCCCGAGUCCUCCACAUAUGCUGCGGUUCUCCCCAAAGACAGGCUCCAGCCUCGGCCCAAGGUCUUUCUCUGCUACUCCAGUAAAGAUGGCCAGAAUCACAUGAACGUGGUCCAGUGUUUUGCCUAUUUCCUGCAAGAUUUCUGUGGCUGUGAGGUGGCUUUGGACCUAUGGGAAGAUUUCAGCCUCUGCAGAGAGGGGCAGAGAGAAUGGGUCAUUCAGAAGAUUCACGAGUCCCAGUUCAUCAUCGUCGUGUGCUCCAAAGGCAUGAAGUACUUUGUAGAUAAGAAGAACUUCAGACACAAAGGAGGCAGUCGCGGAGCGGCACAGGGAGAGCUCUUCCUAGUGGCCGUGGCAGCCAUUGCCGAGAAGCUCCGUCAGGCCAAACAGAGCUCAUCUGCCGCACUGAGCAAGUUCAUUGCCGUCUACUUUGAUUAUUCCUGUGAAGGGGAUGUACCCUGUACCCUGGACCUGAGCACCAAGUACAAGCUCAUGGACAACCUUCCUGAGCUCUGUUCCCAUCUGCACUCGGGAGGGCAUGAGGAGCUGGGUCAGCACCCGGGGCAUGGCAGCAGAAGGAACUACUUCCGGAGCAAGUCUGGCCGCUCCCUGUAUGUUGCCAUUUGCAACAUGCACCAGUUUAUUGAUGAGGAACCUGACUGGUUCGAGAAGCAGUUUAUACCCUUCCAAUAUCCCCCUGUGCACUACCAGGAGCCAGUCCUGGAGAAAUUUGACUCAGGUUUGGUUUUAAAUGAUGUCAUAAGCAAACCAGGGCCAGAAAGUGACUUCUGUCUAAAAGUUGAGGCUUCUAUACUUGGGGCCACUGGGCCAGCUGACUCUUACUCAUACCUGGAGAAUCAGCAUGCAGGCCUGGACCAGGACACUGAGGCCCAGCCCACCUGUGAUAGUGGCCCUGCCUUGCAGCCCCUAUUGCAUGCAGUGAAAGCUGGCAGUCCCUCAGAUAUGCCACGGGACUCGGGCAUAUAUGAUUCCUCUGUGCCCUCAUCGGAGCUCUCUCUGCCUCUGAUGGAAGGACUCUCCCCUGAUCAGAUAGAAACAUCUUCCCUGACUGAGAGCGUAUCUUCCUCUUCUGGCCUAGGUGAGGAGGAUCCCCCUACCCUCCCUUCCAAGCUCCUUGCCUCUGCGGUGUCCAGAGGAGAACACGGUUGCCACAGCUACACUGAUGAGCUCCAAGCGGUUGCCCCCUUGUAGGGACUCGGAAGAAUCUAAGCAUUGCCACUUUAGCUGCUGAUCUCUCUGGCUCCCCAGCUUACCUCUGUGAUCGUGCAGCAGCCUUGGAGCUGAGGGCUCACACGAGGAUAUCUGGAAUGAAAUUCUGGCUAGCACUCAAUCCAUUCUGCUCCAGCCUUGUAACGGAUACUUAGCAAAGUCCAAUUUCCCAAAAGCAUAUGGAACCUUGAAAUGAUGUCCAUUAGAUCUGACCGUAGCUGUCCGCGUGAGGCCGAUCCUUGGAUCUGAGCCUAUUCUGAGGGGUAGGGUGGAAACAGGUAAAGAGAAUUAGGAAAGCACCUGCACAGCCUGCUCUGGCUUCACCUGAACUCUGGCUACUUAAACUCAAAAUGCUUUGUAGAAAACCCCUCUCGGCAUCCUUAUAGCUACACACGUCAAGAACCGCUGGGACCCAGGCUGUGCUGCAAGCCAUGUUUCUGUCCAUUUUGAUGUGGAACUUACACUGUCCUGAGUAAACUUUGAGUCCAAGGUCCAGACAAUGACUGAAUGUCUGUCCAGUCAUUUUUUGUAAAAUAACUUGCUCUCUAUUACUUGGAAACAUGGCUGACCAGGACGGAAUCCUGUGGAGCAGGCCGACCAUCUCGAUUGUUCUACGUGAAACGGGUUGAUUAAUGCGCAGAUGGUAUCAGAGCUUGGGUAUUUUCCCUGCAUUGAAGUAGCCAUCAUGUAGGGUGUGUUGUGGGGGGGGCGGGGAGCCUUAGCCAUGUGUCUAGUUUCCCUGGGCUACAUUUACUGCUCUGUAGCUUGGUUGGUGACGGCUGGACAUGGAGGCCUGCUAUUCAUUACCCAGCUGGGCAGCAACAUUAUUGGAAUUUGUGGUUUGUAAUUUGGCUGGUGCUUUGUCUUGAAUGUUAGAGGUCAGAAUCCACUAAUAUAGGACAGCGUACGGGAGACGGUGGCCAGUUAACCUGCUGGUUUUGACAAGUGACAAACCUCCUUUUCAGAAGGCAGAAAGGAGGGGAUUGUUACAAAAGUAAAUGUUCUAUUUUUAUGAAUGAGUCUUGUAUAAAAAUUCUUUUUCCAAAGGUAAAACAUCUCUUCACAUCCUGUGCAUAGAUGUAUAUAAUGAUGUGUCCGUCUCCUCUGGGAAACCCUCCCCUGGAGCACUUGGUGUGAGCAUCCUUCUCCACUGUUAUUUAUCAUGGGUGCUGUAGGGUUUUGGCAGCCUGUCUUCUCAGCAUAUCUGUCAGGGACUAUUGAUGCUUUUUUUUUUUUCAUUCCUCCACCAGAUUGGACCAGCAUUAAGGGGGUUGCUGAGAAAGAUCCCAAGGUUAGGUGUGGAGGUGAGCUGAGCUGGGGAUUUUCCUUCUAGACACCACUUCAGUGGGAAGAGAAGGGAAGCCUCAGCUCCUGCUGAGAAGAAGCGGUUUGUGUGUAUUCUGCACGAAUACAUCCUCCUCCCUGCUCUGUGCAGGCAGCUGGCAGCUUCUCAGGAGAACGUGCUCCUGUGUUCUCUGGCAGAGUACAGAGCAGCUGCUCUGGGCAAGCUGUGAGCUGGUCUCACCAUAAAACCAGGCAUCUCUGCAGAGGAGUUUGCGCCAUAUCGUCACUGUGGAAUCCAGACUGAGCAGACAGAGCCCCGACCUCCACGCGGCUCUCCUGGCCGUGCUCAGUCUUGCCAUUCAUUCUGUGAGGGAGAUUGGUGGGCCUAAAUUGCUAAUGUAUGACCGUUCCCUGGGAACAUCAUCAGAGAAUCUUUUUCUCUUUUUAAAUUGAGGCCAAGAAAUAUUUUAUACCCCCCAAAGACCCAUUAGAAACCACAUUUAGGAUAGAUACUCAGCUUUGCAUAUGGAAUGUGGGGUCCCUGCAAGUGCCCAGGAGCAGCAUGGGGCCUUGGGCUUAGGGCUUAGCAUUUGCAGGAUCCCAGGCCCAGGCAGAGAGCUUGCUGCAUGAAUUCAAAUGAGGAAACUGGAGGGCAGCCCUGUGAGCCAUCUAGUUUGCUAGUCUGAAAAGUCAGGGCCAGGUGAUGUUUCUGUUUGUAUUUAGCCACUGGGUGCUUUUAUUUUGACAUUUAAGUGUUUCUGAUCAGAAGAGCCAGGUUGUAACAUGCCAGGCAAUGAAAUGACAGUAGUGUUGUUUAACCCAGAAGGAGUGGAGAGUGGGUGGAGCCAUGUUUUUAGCCAGCCCCUUUCCCAUCCACCUCAUCCUUGAGCCAGGAAUGAGAACUGUCCUGCAGAUGAAGGCAAGGUGCCAGUUCUGAACAGCGCUGCAGUCUUUGACUCAAAAUUGCCCCGUGGAAUCGAGAAAGGUUCUGACAAGGCACAGGCAUUUGAGGCUGUGGGGAAAUGAGGUUGGGGCUGAGAGUGAACGGUUUGUGGGGAAAUAGACCAUGUCCACUGGAAGGGAGGCCAAAGGUGAGACAGGGGUGCUGGUGGGGCGGGGGACAGGGGCGCAGGGUACCAGGAAACCAAGAAAGUUGUUGACCCGUGUUUAUGCAUGUCCCACCAGUGCUUCUGAUGUAUCUGACUGGCCCAGAGGUGAAUCGGAAUAUAGCUGACCUGCCCUUGAAACCCAGCCUUACACACCAUAGUGGUCCAUGUUACUGGUUUUCUUGAUAGCCUUUAGUGGUAGGUCCUCUGACUUAUAUGUAAGUAACUAAAUAGGAAGCUGUUCCCCCAAAAGUGUGGGGUUGUAGGAGGUUUUCAGAAGGAAUAUGGAAGCUAUUUUAUUCCUGGAGGUGAAAUGGCACACCGUCGCUCCAGCAAGAAAGGGAAGUAGGAAGUCCUUUAGCUACCUCAACACAAGAGAACAUUCUGUCUUUAUUGAGAAGGUAGGUAGGUAAUGCCAAUGUGAAGGUUUCUAGUCUUUUUUAAAAUCCUCCAUUGUUGGGGGUAGCUGCUGGUAAUUGGCAAAGUUUGUGUUUUCUGGGGCACCAGUAUAUCCAGGCAUGAGGAAAACAGUUAACAUAGCACCUCGAAGAGAGACAAUAGGGCAUGGUGGCGAUUGGAGCAAACCAAGGCACCCUUGUCCAGCCUUCAGGAGUAAAGAGCAUUCCAGAUGAGUGUGUCCAUGCACUAUUUCCUGGGCUUCUUGAUUUUUCAAGGAAAGCUGAAAAUGUCUUAUUUUGAAGCUGUUAAUGUCUGGCACUGUCAAGACAGCUCAGUGAGUUAAAAACAUUUUGGAAACAAAUUUUUUUAUAUUUCAUAAUAUCUCAAGAGAAAGGCAGGUCAGCCGUUUUUUGUUGGUGGUGGUUGUUUUUUGAGACAGGGUUUCUCUGUGUAGCCCUGGCAGUUUUGGAACUUGAUCUGUAAACCAGGCUGGCCUCAAACUCCUGAGAUACACCUGCCUCUGCCUCCCAAGCACUGGGGUUAAAGGUGUGCGCUGCCUCCUCUGCCGCUACCCUCAUCCUGCUGCUAUUAAUUUUAAAGUCAGAUCUCUGUCAUCCCAUAUUAAAAAGCAGGCAUGGGGGCUGUCGAGAUGGCUCAGCUGGAAAAGCACUGACUGCUCUUCUGAAGGUCCUGAGUUUAAAUUCCAGCAACCACAUGGGGGCUCACAAACACCGUAAUGAGAUCUGACGCCCUCUUCUGGUGCGUCUGAAGUCAGCUACAGUGUAUUUAUGUAUAAUAAUAAAUAAAUCUUUGAGCCAGAGCAAGCAGAACUGAGCGAGCGGAGUUGACCAGAGGGAGUUGGGCCAACUGGAGCAAGCAGGGUUGACCGGAGAGAGCAGAGGUCCUAAAAAUUCAAUUCCCAACAACCACAUGAAGGCUCACAACCAUCUGUACAGCUACAGUAUACUCACAUACAUAAAAUAAAAUUUAACCCCCAGACUUUAGGGUCUUAGUUUAGUUCUAAUUGCUGUCAUGUUUUUAUGUGUGGUGCAAUUCUGAGCUUAUACCAAGGUGUCAUUAGGAGAAUUUAUUUGGGGACUACAGCAAAGGCUGUCCUAGAGUGCCCUCAUAUUGGGUUUUGCCAUCCCCUUUUUUCUGCAGUCUGGGACUGGCUCUUCUGGAGGAAAUGUAGGAGGUGGAGAAAAGCUGUUCUAUUGUUGAUACCAGGUGUUUGGUCACCCUUGUCAUAUUACCACAUUUCCAGACCCAAGAGGGAAAGUUGGCCGAAGGAGAGCCAGCUGUGAGUGGUUGGUUUGGUUCUAGUUUUAGAACUUAGGGGUGAAGAAAGGCUGAGCUCACCCAGCACGUUCCCUCCGAGGCUCAAGACAGGCUGCGCUUCAGUUGUCCCAGACACAUGGCUGUGCCUGAGGUUCUGGCUCCUCAGCGGACGGAAGGGAUUCUAUAACCUCCCUGCUGAUCAGAUGGUCCUUUGUAUGUCUUCCUUGCAGAAAUUCAAACCAGAACAGCUGGUCACCUUCCCAGCAUUGAAAACUGCAGUGAGGUCAUCCCCUGGUGGUCCUCCCCUCCCCCCAGUAGUAAAUAAUCCCACCCACUUAAGGACUUUCACAGCUCUUGUGCUCUGAGGGCUUAACGAUUUCCACCUUCACACUCAAGUUUUGUUAUCCGAAUGACACCCGUGCCUUGUUCGCAUGGGUGCCGCCUGACAACCAUGUUCCAGUUAGGAUUACAGGGAGAUGUGUGCGGGCCGGCUGCUCUCACUGCAUAAAAACAUCAUCACGCUGGGUAUGCUCAUUCAGAACACGGCUUGUUCCCCUGGUGGUAGUCCUUGCUCUUGUGGUUCGUUCUCUCCCUCAAGCAAACAGCCGGUGCUUAUUCCUGAUGUGUCUCUUUAAUCUUAAGACACUCUUCAAUGCCAGCACCUGCCUACCUUCUGAGUACUAAGGUACCCCACACUUCAACCUGGAGUUCUAUUUUUAUCCCUCUCUGGACUUAACCUGUAUUUUGUGAAUCAUAUUGUUGUUUAAAUGGCUCACACUUCACCAGAACCUCUGGCAAAGUGAGGCCAGAGGUUGCUAUGUACCACCUCCCCAGUUGCUGUUGGGGACUAAUUUCCAAAUACCUUUGAAUGCCUCGGGGAGGACUUGUGGAGGAUUUUGGCCAAUUGUCUUCUUUCCUGCCCCUUGGUUUAUCCUUGAUACAAACCUGGGACCCCAGAUACCUCUAGGGCCUCUCCCUCCUUGUCUAGGGCUGUAUCUCUCAGUUAAGCAGGCAGAGUGUUUGAUACAAUCAGGAGCCAGACGGAAGCAAUCAUCUCGACUGGAUAGCUAAUAUUUAUAUCACACAGACUCCGGCACGAAGAGAAGGAGGAGCAGCAGCCCUGUGUGGCAAUCACUGGAUUGUUUUCAAUGUGUUCAUCUGUUUUUUUGUUGUUGUUGUUGUUUUGCUUUGUUUUUAAUCUUUCUCUCAAGCAUGUCAAGUUUGGACAGUAGCAAAAACUUCUGUACAAACUCAAAGUGGUUGUUUUGAGAGUAGCUUCGGUUCUCCUGAUCUGUUUAAAAAUAAAAGUCGUUUUCCUGUGGGUGCUCCCGUGUUGGGGAGGAAGGCCGCAGGCGCGGUGGGGACUGGUGCCGUUGUUCUGUUUUGUCUCUAUGUUCGUCCUUUCUGGGAUUUUUAGCAGGAUGAUAAGCACUGACAGCCUGUAGCACUGUGCCAUAUUUUCACAUUGGAGAUAUUGGUGAUAUAUUGUGGUCUAUUUGACUGUAUAAACUUUGUAAAUGGAUGAUAGUAAGUCAUGGCUGACAUUUGUAAGAUGCUUUUGUACCUUAGAAUUUUCUACAUCAAAUAAAAUGUUUUCUUGUAA